CGCGCGCCCGAGCCCGGUGACCGCGGAGAGUGCGCGCGCCCCGGCCCGGCAUGGCCCCCGCGCUGGCGCAGGCGUACCGCAGGCGCUGGUGGAUGGCCGGCACGGCCGCGCUGGAGAACCUCUUCUUCUCCGCCGUGCUGCUGGGCUGGGGGUCGCUGCUCAUCAUGCUGAAGCGGGAGGGCUUCUAUUCCAGCCUGUGCCCGGCUGAGAACGGCACCAAUGCCACCCAAGGCGAGCGGCAGCACUGGCCCAGCUGUGACCAGCAGGACGAGAUGCUCAACCUGGGCUUCACCGUGGGCUCCUUCCUGCUGAGCGCUACCACGCUGCCCCUGGGCAUCCUCAUGGACCGCUUCGGCCCGCGGCCCCUGCGGAUGGUGGGCAGUGCCUGCUUCACGGCGUCCUGCACCCUCGUGGCCGUGGCCACCCAGGACACCGAAGCCCUGUCCCCGCUCAUCUUCCUGGUGCUGUCCCUGAACGGCUUCGCUGGCAUCUGCCUCACCUUCACGUCGCUCACGCUGCCCAACAUGUUCGGGAACCUGCGCUCCACUUUCAUGGCCCUCAUGAUCGGCUCCUACGCCUCCUCCGCCAUCACCUUCCCAGGGAUCAAGCUGAUCUAUGACGCCGGUGUGCCCUUCGUGGUCAUCAUGUCCACCUGGGCUGGGCUUGCCUGCCUCAUCUUCCUCAACUGUGCCCUCAAUUGGCCCCGGGAACCCUUCCCCGCCCCGGAGGAGGUGGACUACGCGAGGAUGAUGAAGCCCACGGGGCUUGGCCUGGGCCACAAGCUCACAGGUGACCGCUUCUCCAUCCACGCGAGAGUCGUGGGCCAGCGGCUGAGCCAGAGAGCACCCAGCCUGGAGGAUGGGGCCGGCGCCUUCCUCCCAGCCCAGCAGCCCCCGGAGAAGUCCGUACCCUUGCGCAAGAGCCUGUGCGCCCCCAUCUUCCUGUGGAGCCUGCUCACCAUGGGCAUCACGCAGCUGCGCAUCAUCUUCUACAUGGCGGCUAUGAACAAGAUGCUGGAGUUUCUGGUGACCGGGGGCCAGGCGCACGGUGAGCGGGGCGCACGGCGUGUGGCGCGGGGGGGCAGGGUCCCCUGGCCACUCACCCCCCCACCCCCGCAGAGACCAGCGAGCUGCGGCAGAAGGCGGCCGAGACAGCUGCUCUGCCUGCUCACCUGCCCGCUCAUCGGCUACAUCCUGGACUGGAGGAUCAGGGACUGCGUGGAUGCCCCAGCCGGACCCGCUGCUGGCGGACGCGCCAGGGGCCGGGCAGCUGCCAUGUCCACUAAGCCGCGCUACUGCAGGACCCAGAAGCUGAGCAACGCCAUCAACGCCUUUACCCUGACCAACCUGCUGCUCGUGGGCUUUGGCAUCACCUGCCUCGUCGACAGCCUGCACCUCCAGUUUGUGACCUUCGUGCUGCACACCAUAGUCCGCGGGUUCUUCCACUCGGCCUGCGGAGGCCUGUACGCUGCUGUGUUCCCAUCCGGCCACUUCGGGACGCUCACCGGCCUGCAGUCGCUGGUCAGCGCCGUGGUCGCCCUGCUGCAGCAGCCGCUCUUCAUGGCCAUGGUGGGGCCCCUGCGCGGGGAGCCCUUCUGGGUGAACCUGGGCCUGCUGCUGCUCUCGCUGCUGGGCUUCCUGCUGCCCGCCUACCUCUUCUGCUACCGAGCGCGGGUCCACAGGGAGCUGGCGUCGGCCUGAGGUCGGCCAGGCCCGAGGCGGGGCGCGCGGCCCUGGGAGCUCUCUCUGGGCGCGGGACUAGGAGGGGAGGGGCUGGGCCAGGGGAGGGGCUGGGCCGGCGGAAGCGAGCAGAGCGGAGCCGUGUUUGUCGCGGCGCUGCCGAGCGAACAGAUGGCUGCGGAGGAGGAGGGGUGCGGGGGCCGGAGGAUGAGGAACGAGGAAUCUGACGCCCGAGUCUCCCAGGAGAAACCCCCUCCCCAUCUCCCCCGUCGUGUGGGGCGGGCCAGCGCGGGCUUCCUCCAGACCCCUCGCGCUCCACCGCGGCCCGUGCUCCCGGGGUUGAUGCCACCGGGAGCCGCCGGGUCGCAGGGGUUCACGGGGCUAAGGGGGCGGCGGGAAGCGGGCUCGGGCUGGGAGCGAGUUCAGGGAUCGCAAAUAGCAAAGGGAAAAUGUGUUAAUUGGAACUUUAUGCAGAUGAGCUGGGACGGGGCUGGGAGUGAGUAGGUCAGAAGGACGAGGACCGCUGGGUGGCCGGGCGGGGCAGUGACAGGCGGACCCCGCCCCGGAAGGGGGUGACCGCCCGGGGCCCCAGCACCCGGGCUUCGCGUCACCCCCCCACCGUCCGCCCCACGCGGCCUAGGCCGCCACGCCCGAGACCUGCCGGCUACGUCCACCGAGACGCCCGAGCCCACUCCUCCCCCAAGGCCACCGCAGCUUUGGGGCCACCGACCCCGUCCCCAGCUCGGGGUGGCACUGGGCACGGGACAGGAGAGGGGAGUGGGGGCCGGGGAGGGAGACAGACAAGAAUCCCAGCGUUUGGGAGGCUGAGGCAGGAAGGUCCCCACAAGUUCGAGGCCAGCCUGGGCUACACAGCGAGACCACGUCUCAAAAAGCAAAUAGAGGGCUGGGGAUUUAGCUCAGUGGUUUCGUCGCCUGCCGCGCAAGCGCAAGGACCCGAGUUCGAUCCCCGGUACCAAGAAAAAAAACCCCAAAUAGAAAACCGAACUCCUGGAAGAU